AUGUUGUCACCUGCUGAAGAAACAGAAAAACCCACAGAGACACAACAGGUGCGGUCCAGCUCCAGAGAGCGAAGCUUAACAGAAAAAGGCCAAGAAAUGCACGAAGAAACAGUUAAGAAAAAUGAAAAGGUUGGUAGGAGCUAGCAAAAGAAUUGCUGCUCAACUAAAGACCUUAACACAAGACUGAAGGAGAUUUAAGCCAAAGAAGCGUUAGUAUACCAAUAGUAUGAGUCCAUUCGCCGCAAUCAUUCCACUACCCCAGGUGUUGUUAAGAGAAUGGAUGCAUGUGUCGCCUUAACAGCUGAAAUCUGUGACCUCACCAGUAAACGGCUAGAGAAUGCAGACGGAAUCUUUAAUGAUCAACUUGAAAAGGAAAGAAUGAGGAUGGUACAUAAUAAAGAGGAAGACGAGUCAGUCUUUGGAAACACAGAAACAGAAACUGCCUUUUCAGAGUCACUACAAGAGUCAGACUCAAGCUCAAGAGCCACCUCCAGAUCUUCUAGCAGACGAGCAGAUGCAGAAGCUGACCUUGCAGUCAAGAUAGAGCAGGCAAAGGCAAUGCAACAGAUGCGUGAGCAACAAGCCAAGCUGAACAAACUGGAGAGUGAAUUAAAGCUUAAAGAAGCACAAACGCUUGCAGAAAUUAAACUGAAGUUGGAUGAGGAAAAGACAAGGCUACAACAGCUACAAGCAGAAAAUGAAGUCAAGGUAGCAGCAGCAAGAGUUAUAGCUUACAAUGUCUAUGAUGGUCUUGAAAAUUGUGAGCAGGAGAUAAACCACAAGGUGCAAUACCUCGGACAAAAUAAUGAACCUCAAGCCUCAUUAAAUAUACAAGCCAUGCCAUUUCAACCUUCAAAUGCACCAUGUGGGGUGUCAAGACACCAAGAAGAGGUUAGUCUAACUCCAGGACUUGCAAGUUUGCUCAUCUCCAACCGUCUCCCUAUACCUGAACCAACUGUACAUUACAGGUGA